GCCGGGUCGCUGCUUGCGCCGCAGUCCCCGAGGGGGAAAAACAAGACGAGCGUGGCUGGGCUGAGCCGGGCCAGAGCAUCCUCCGCCGCGGCAGGACGACGAGACCCUCCGGCUCCGAAGGAAGUUUGUGACUGGACUUGGAGUGGAUACAUGCUGAUAGCAUGAUGGAAGAGACAGAAAAAUUUUCAUCUCUCAAUUCACUGACUAAAUACUAUCCAGUUAAGGAAUCUGACAAAACUGAUCAAAGUGGCGAAGCACAAAGGAAUGAAGGAAACCAAGGAACAAUGCAACUGAAAAAAGAAAUCUCUCUUAUUAAUGGGAUCAGCUUAAUAGUAGGAAACAUGAUUGGGUCAGGUAUCUUUGUUUCCCCCAAAGGAGUACUUAACCACAGUACAUCAUAUGGAUUGUCGCUAGUAAUUUGGGCAAUUGGGGGCCUUUUUUCAGUCAUUGGUGCCCUCUGCUACGCUGAACUUGGAACUACUAUCACUAAGUCAGGCGCCAGUUAUGCAUAUAUCUUGGAGGCCUUUGGAAGCUUCAUUGCCUUUAUACGCCUGUGGACUUCACUGCUGAUCAUUGAGCCAACCAGUCAAGCAAUUAUUGCCAUAACUUUUGCCAACUACAUAGUGCAACCAGUCUUCCCUUCUUGUCAGCCUCCUUAUGUUGCUUGUCGACUUAUUGCAGCUGCCUGUAUAUGUCUCUUAACGUUUGUAAAUUGUGCCUAUGUUAAGUGGGGAACCAGGGUGCAGGAUGCAUUCACCUAUGCCAAAGUCACUGCCCUUAUUGUCAUCAUCGUAACAGGAGUUGUUAAACUAUGCCAGGGAUACUCACAACACUUUCAGGACUCUUUUGAGGGAUCAUCUUGGAACCUUGGGGGCAUUUCUCUUGCACUUUACUCUGCCUUGUUCUCAUACUCAGGUUGGGACACCCUUAAUUUUGUAACUGAAGAAAUAAAAAAUCCAGAAAGGAACCUGCCACUGGCGAUUGCAGUUUCUAUGCCAAUUGUGACAAUUAUCUACAUUUUGACCAAUGUAGCUUACUACACAGUUCUGGAUAUUAAUGCUAUACUUUCUAGCGAUGCAGUGGCAGUGACAUUUGCUGAGCAAGUGUUCGGAGUAUUCAGUUGGUUCAUUCCAAUUGCUGUUGCCUUCUCUUGUUUUGGUGGACUCAAUGCUUCUGUUUUAGCAUCAUCUAGGCUGUUCUUUGUUGGAUCCAGGGAGGGUCACCUACCUGACCUCUUGUCAAUGAUCCAUAUAGGAAGGUUUACACCAGUUCCUGCACUUCUCUUCAAUUGUUCUAUGAGCCUGAUAUACUUGAUCGUAGAAGAUGUCUUCCAGCUUAUUAACUACUUCAGCUUCAGCUACUGGUUUUUCGUGGGACUAUCAAUUGCUGGGCAGCUCUACCUCCGGUGGAAAGAACCAGAUCGGCACAGGCCACUCAAGUUGAGCCUGUUUUUCCCGAUAUUCUUCUGCAUAUGCUCAGUAUUUCUGGUGGUUGUGCCACUCUAUAGUGACACUAUUAAUUCCCUGAUUGGUAUUGGAAUUGCGCUCUCUGGGAUUCCAGUGUACUUCAUGGGAGUCUACUUGCCUGUUUCCAAAAGACCUCCUUUUGUCGGCAAAAUUUUAGGUGCUGUCACUCGAGCCACUCAGCUGCUUUGUUACUGUGUUCUGACAGAAAUGGAUACAUCUGAAGAAACACUAGAGACCAAGUCUCAAUAGAGAUGCAAGUGACUAAAACACCAAACUAGCUAUGGAAGAGCCCAUGGGCCUGCAAUGUGGGCACACGGGAAGAAAGAUUGGAAUCAAGACUGUUUCCCACCCCCCCAUCCUCAACAGGGGCUCUUGCCCAGAUCAUACUGUGUCAUGAUCUAGGGUUGAGUUUUGGAGUGUGUGUGGUGUUUUUUUUUUGUAAACUUUUUGAAAGGUCAGCCUUCUCAGGCAUAGGACUCAUCUUGAAAAAUAAGGAAUGUUUCUUUGAAAGCAAACAGAGCAUUCUUAAUCAAAGUUCAGAAAUUUGGUUAACUUGAAUUUUGAACAGCAUGGCAAUAACAUUUUAUUUAUUUCUAUCUGUUUUUACCUGUUCCAAGCCAGUUUAAAAGGCACCAACAAAUCUUUCCAACCUGUGUGAGGUAAAUUUUGACUGCAGACCUCUUUGGACUGAUGGUCUGUAGCAAGUGUUCCAUCCCAGGUUGAAUUUAGCAUAAAAUUAUAUUGCUGUUAUGAACUCGUCUACCAGCAGAGUAUUCGUAUAUGGCUUAGUGUAUGUAUGGGCUAUAGAAUUCUUGCUCUGAUGGUGCUAUUCAACACUUGCACACAAACAUUUUUUUAUUAGACAGGUACAGUCAAAGUUAAUUUUAUUAAUGCUGAAAAACAAUCUGGCAGGUGGUGUUUGGGUAGUUCACUUGGAACCUCUGAAGUAGUGUAUAAUAGGUCUUUAAAUACUUCAAAAGGCUGACACCAGAGCAGGAAUUGGUUGUCAGUUUGCAUUCUUUGUUCAGCGCUAUUUAUUCUAUAGUUACUAAUGACUGCUUAUCAGAGACCUUUCCUAUAUUUAAAUACUUUUUUAAUAUAUACAGAAGAACUGUUCGGCAGUACCAAGACUAGAAUUGGCUAGUUUGGUAUGUGGGUCUGUGAGAAAGGGGGUGAAAAUUUAUCCUUUAAGUACUUAUAUACUGUGCAAACUCUUAUAUGCCGAGUUCACAAAAAUAUUUUUCAUGCACCUGGCUUCCCCAAGAUGUUAAUGUGAAAAAAAUUAGAAAUGACUACACUCCAGAAGGCAGGGGGGAUCAGAACUUUAAAAGCAACCAAAAACUUGACUCUUCUGUUAGAACUUAAGAAUUGGAUAUUUUUGUCCCUCUUUUCCUUAGCACUCCUUGGUAACUUUAGUUACAAACCCCAUUUUGUCCACUUGCACUAAUUUUCCACUGCAGUGUGCCCGCCUCUAACCUACAAGGGAAGCACUGCACCAGGAAACUGACAGUACCAGUGCACUGCAAUGAAGGCAGUGUAUCUCUGUUUUCCCCAAAGAAAGCCUCUCUGAUACAGCUUGAGUUACCCAUGGCAGCAGCAACUGGAAGAGUCUUGAGCGAGGUUUUGCCUUGUCUCCUUCCAUUUAUGAUGGUGAGGCUCUCUGCCUUUUGAGGGACAGGUGCCACUGCAACAUUAAGACCAGAGACUCUGUGGUCUCUGUCAUUACCACCAAGUAAUGGUCAUCAUUACCACCAAGCCAAGCUUCAUAAUCACAUCUUACUUGGUGUUCUGUACAGAGUGUGAAAGGAACACCCUCAUAUUGUAAGCACAGCCUGGCUUCUUUUGUGCAGUCACCCUUGAAGGGCUGAGCCUGGCUGCGGAAAUGGGCAAGGAGGCAGAACCCAAGUAGUUUGUCUUUUGGUGGCAAGCUCAUCCUCUGGGGAUGCGUGUGUGUGUGGAAUGUUUGUUUCUCCGUUCUCUCCCCCCUUCAUGUAGAUUGUCAGCUGCACCAUAGGGUGAAAUAGUAAUUUAAAAAAUCUGAAUGCUGAGAUGAAGCAAGGUUCCCCUAACACCAUGGACAGCUUUUGUAGGCAGUGGAACCAAUUGUGUGUGGGUUUUUUUAAAAAUGAAUAUUCCUCCCAAAUUUGCCAUAGUUGAGGAGAUACAAAUACAGUUGUGCAUCAUUUUUAUAAAAGGGGAAUUAAUAUAGCUGGUGCUUGGAAGCAUAACUGUCCAAAUGUCCUAUUUUUGAUUCUGUGGGAAGAACUCAACAUUGCACAAGCAAGGCUUAUGUUUGUGACAAAGUGGGGUUGUCACUAUUUUGGGUGCUUUGAUGUAGCUGGAUUUAUAAUUUAACCUGUCUAGAUAUUAGUUACUAAUUUGUAACAAUAGAAGAUGACUGUUCUUUUGACCCUGUCUCACAGAAACAUUGUCUCAAAAGGAAUUGUGUCAAUCUUGGGUCUUACUUCUAAUACAGGAAAUCUGUGAUUAAGGCUGCAAUUGUUAGUAAGCUUUCCUGGGAAUAAGCCCCACUGAAUAAGAUAGGACUUGAUUUAGGAGUAGAUCUGCUUAUGAUUGCAAAGUGUUUUUCUUAAGCAUCUGUGUGGGGCUGCUGAUUUGACUCCAGUGUCUGUGUGUGUCAAGGGGGACAAUAAGAUUGUUUUCUUCCACAGGGAUAAUGGUAGCUCUGAUGAGCGGGGAGGGGAGCUUGAUAUAAAGGAUCCCUCCACAACCUUUUAAAUAAUGCACUUCAACCUAUCUUGCCCUUUAGGUUCUGAUGGAAUCCAAACUGCUUAUUACAUUAGAAGUACAGUAAAAGAGCAGUCUGUUAGAGAUUAUAUAAUCCAUAAUGUUCCCCAAACACUUUGUUUCAUCUUAGCAUGUAAAAGUGAUGUUCAUGUGUAUGAACUUUCGUUUCAAUCAUUAUCACACUCUGUUACAGUGGAACUGUUAUAAAAAGUCUGCAUUGGAUAGUUCCAGAGAUGUCCAGUUGAUUGUAACAAGAGUGUCUGCUUUAGCACUGUGAUGUGUAAGGAACGCAGGGAGGGGUAUGAAUAAUUAACUUCCACUAUGUGGAAAUAAAAUGAUGAGAAUCUGG